AUGAGUGUUCCUGACUACAUGCAGUGUGCUGAGGAUCAUCAGACUCUCCUGGUUGUGGUUCAACCGAUUGGCAUUGUACCCGAAGAGAGCUUUUUCAGGAUCUACAAGCGAAUUUCAGCAGUGAGUCAAGUUAACGUGCGUGACUCUCAGCGUGUGUUGUAUAUCCGUUAUAGGCACCAUUAUCCCCCAGAGAACAAUGAAUGGGGGGAUUUUCAAACACACCGGAAAGUUGUGGGGCUGAUAACUAUUACGGACUGUUCUUCUGCAAAGGACUGGCCUCAGACUUUUGAAAAAUUCCAUCUUCAGAAGGAAAUGUAUGGUUCUACUCUCUAUGAUUCCCGGUUGUUUGUCUUUGGGCUUCAAGGAGAGAUUGCGGAGCAGCCCCGCACAGAUGUGGCGUUUUAUCCCAGUUAUGAUGAAUGUGAAACUGUGGAGAAAAGAAUAGAAGAUUUUAUCGAAUCCCUCUUCAUAGUGUUGGAGUCUAAGCGGCUUGACAGAGCCACUGAUAAGUCCGGAGACAAGAUCCCGCUCCUCUGUGUUCCUUUUGAGAAGAAGGAUUUUGUAGGUCUGGACACCGAUAGUAGACACUAUAAGAAGCGUUGUCAAGGCCGGAUGCGGAAACACGUUGGUGACCUGUGUUUACAAGCUGGCAUGUUACAAGAUUCCUUGGUGCAUUAUCACAUGGCAGUGGAACUUCUGCGGUCUGUGAAUGACUUUCUGUGGCUUGGAGCUGCUCUUGAGGGGCUAUGCUCAGCAUCAGUCAUCUAUCAUUAUCCCGGUGGUACUGGAGGUAAAGUUGGAUCUCGCAGGGCACAAGGAGGGUCUUUUUCUGCUGAGGCGGGCAACAGGCACAGACCAGGGGCACAAGAAGUUCUCAUUGAUCCAGGUGCGCUGACUUCAAAUGGUAUAAAUGCAGAUACCAGUGCUGAGAUCGGACGUGCCAAGAAUUGCCUUAGCCCUGAAGACAUCAUAGACAAAUAUAAAGAAGCCAUUUCUUACUACGGCAAGUACAAGAAUGCUGGUGUGAUUGAACUGGAAGCCUGUGUGAAGGCAGUGAGAGUCCUUGCAAUACAGAAAAGGAGCAUGGAAGCCUCUGAGUUUCUUCAGAAUGCAGUCUAUAUCAACCUUCGUCAGCUUUCAGAGGAAGAAAAAAUCCAACGUUACAGCAUUCUUUCCGAGCUUUAUGAACGUAUUGGUUUUCACCGCAAGUCUGCUUUUUUCAAGCGUAUAGCAGCAAUGCAGUGCGCUGCACCUAGCAUCCCAGAACCUGGGUGGAGGGCCUGCUACAAAUUGCUUUUGGAAACUCUCCCUGGCUACAGCUUAUCAUUGGAUCCUAAAGAUUUCAGCAAAGGAACUCAUAGAGGAUGGGCUGCAGUACAGAUGCGUUUGCUUCAUGAACUAGUAUAUGCUUCCAGAAGAAUGGGCAAUCCCGCUCUAUGUGUCAGGCAUCUGUCUUUCCUUCUCCAGACCAUGCUGGAUUUUCUUUCUGAUCAAGAAAAAAAAGAUGUAACGCAGAGCCUGGAAAGCUACACAGCAAAAUGCCCUGGUACAAUGGAAUUCAUCACUCUUCCAGAUGGUUUGAAGUUACCUCCUGUUCCGUUCACCAAGUUGCCUAUUGUGAGAUCUGUGAAGCUCUUGAACCUCCCGACCAGUCUUCGACCUCACAAAAUGAAAAGUCUACUUGGUCAGAAUGUGUCAACCAAAAGCCCCUUCAUAUAUUCUCCGAUUAUUGCGCACAGUCGUGGAGAAGAACGAAAUAAGAAAAUAGAUUUCCAGUGGGUCCAGGGAGAUGUAUGUGAAGUUCAGUUGAUGGUGUACAACCCUAUGCCUUUUGAGCUCCGAGUAGAAAACAUGGGUCUCUUGACAACAGGAGUAGAAUUUGAAUCUCUUCCUGCAGCUCUUUCUCUGCCUGCAGAAUCUGGUCUCUAUCCGGUAACUCUUGUUGGUGUUCCUCAAACUACUGGACAGAUCACUGUCAAUGGUUACCAUACUUCAGUUUUUGGAGUAUUCAGUGAUUGCCUUCUGGACAAUCUGCCAGGAGUGAAGACCAAUGGCUGUACUGUUGAAGUCAUUCCAGCUUUGCCAAGGCUGCAGAUCAGUACCUCCCUUCCGAGGUCUGCUCAUACACUUCAGCCUUCUUCAGGGGAUGAGAUCUCCACUAAUGUGUCUGUCCAGCUUUACAAUGGAGAGACCCAGCAGCUUAUCAUUAAGUUAGAAAAUAUUGGAACAGAACCAUUGGAGAAACUAGAGGUCACAGCGAAAACAGUCAACACUAAGGAGAAGCUGUAUGGGGACUUCUUGAGUUGGAAGCUAGAAGAUACCCUCUCUCAGUUUCCUCUAAAACCUGGAAAGAUUGCAACAUUUACUGUAAACAUUAAAGUGAAGCUGGACUUUUCAUGCCAAGAAAACCUUCUGCAAGAUCUCAGUGAUGAUGGAAUCAGUGUUAGUGGACUUCCGCUCUCCAGUCCUUUUCGGCAGGUUGUCAAACCAAGAGUAGAGACUAAACCUAUUAAUGCACAAGAAAGCAGCAAAGUCGGUGACUUCAGUCAUGUGAAGACACUGGAAGCCAUUUUGAAUUUUAAGUACUCUGGUGGACCAGGACAUGUUGAAGGAUAUUACAGGAACCUUUCACUAGGCCUUCAUGUAGAAGUAGAGCCAUCUGUUUUCUUUACACGUGUCAGCACCCUUCCAGCAACAAGCACCCGGCAAUGUCAUCUACUUCUUGAUGUCUUCAAUUCUACAGAACAUGAGUUGACCAUCAGUGCUAGGAAUAACGAAGAUUUAAUUCUGCAUGCUGGGGAAUGUCAGCGUAUGGCUAUCCAAGUUGACAAGUUCAAUUUCGAGAGCUUCCCAGAAUCCCCUACCGAUGGGACACAGUUUGCGAAUGCAAAGCAGCUGGAAGAAGAAAGGCAACAAGCAAAAGGCCUGGAGAUUAACAGCAAGCUGGAUAUUUGCUGGAAAAUUCCUUCCUUGAAGCGUGAAGGGGAAGCAAGUGUGGAAGGUGUUCUUAAUCAACUGGUCCUGGAGCAUCUACAGUUGGCUCCUCUCCAGUGGGAUAUCCUUGUUGACGGCAAGCUUUGCGACUGCGAUAUCGUGGUGGACUGCAAAGUGGGGGACCCCAUCCCGCUGGAGGUGAAGCUGACCAACUGGAGCAAACAUAGCGUGGGGCCCUUCGCUCUCACUGUGACGCCCUACCAGGAUUACCAAAACGGGGUGCACAACUAUGAGCUGCAAGAUGCUAUCACCUUCGUGGGAUCCAACACCUUCUACAUCGACUCAGUGAAGCCGACCAAAGACUCUGUGUACUUUGGAGCACUCCUCUUUCUCUACACAGGCGAUUUCUACCUGAAUAUCAAAUUCCAUGAAGACAACUGCAGCAGAGAGCUACCUCUCUCCUGGUUCUGCCUUCCUAGUGUCCACAUCCGUGCUAUGGAGCCUAUUGUCCAAACUAAACCGUAA